ACAACAUUCGACAAUACACGUGAUCAGUGUACGGUCUUUUCCGUCGAGUCAACGAAAGAGGACAGCUGAGCAUAUUACAGUGGUUGUCCAUCUAAGACUCGAUCCAAGAUGGUGAACUUUACCGUAGAGCAGAUCCGUGAGAUCAUGGAUCGUAAACACAACAUCCGAAACAUGUCUGUGAUUGCCCACGUCGAUCAUGGCAAAUCUACGCUGACUGAUUCUUUAGUCAGCAAGGCUGGUAUCAUUGCCUCAGCAAAAGCAGGAGAAACAAGAUUUACAGACACUAGAAAGGACGAACAGGAGAGAUGCAUUACCAUCAAAUCAACUGCAAUUUCCCUGUAUUAUGAAAUGAAGAAGGAGGAUUUGCAAUUCAUUGUUGGAGAAAAAGACAAGGAUUUAAGCAAUGCUUUCUUGAUCAACUUGAUUGAUUCCCCUGGCCACGUUGACUUCUCUUCAGAAGUAACAGCCGCUCUGCGUGUCACUGAUGGAGCCCUUGUUGUUGUUGACUGUGUUUCAGGUGUGUGUGUACAAACUGAAACCGUUUUGAGACAGGCUAUUGGAGAGAGAAUCAAGCCCGUUCUCUUCAUGAACAAGAUGGACUUGGCUUUAUUGACACUUCAGCUUGACGCAGAAUCUCUCUACCAGUCCUUCCAGAGAAUUAUUGAGAAUGUCAAUGUCAUCAUUGCUACUUAUGGCUUGGAAGACAGCCCCAUGGGAGAAAUUGCUGUUGAUCCCAAGAAGGGAACAGUUGGAUUUGGAGCCGGUCUUCAUGGGUGGGCAUUCACCUUAAAAGACUUCGGUGCCAUGUACAGCAAGAAAUUUGGCAUUGGAGAGGACAAAUUGAUGAAGAAACUUUGGGGAGACAACUUUUACAAUGAAAAAGAAAAGAAGUGGUCCACUGAGCAAAGUGCUGGAGAUCGUGGCUUUGUAAAGUACAUCUUGACCCCUAUUUACCAUGUCUUCAACACCUGCAUGAAGAGCUCUAAGGAAAAGGCUCUGGCCCUCGCUGAGAAAAUGGGUGUCAAACUGACCUCAGAGGAUAAAGAACUGGAGGAGAAACAACUGCUGAAGGUUGUGAUGAGGAAGUGGCUGCCAGCUGGAGAUGCCAUGUUGCAGAUGAUAGUCAUCCAUCUUCCCUCUCCUGUCACUGCCCAAUGCUACCGUGUAGAUACCUUGUAUGAAGGACCUGCUGAUGAUGAAGCUGCUGUUGCUGUUAGGAAUUGUGACCCUAAAGGAGUUCUCAUGAUGUACAUCUCCAAGAUGGUACCUACCAGUGACAAAGGUCGAUUCUAUGCCUUCGGUCGUGUCUUCUCAGGAACAGUAGCCACUGGUCAGAAAGCUCGUAUCAUGGGACCCAACUACACCCCAGGAAAGAAAGAGGACUUGUAUGAAAAGUCCAUCCAGAGAACCAUUUUGAUGAUGGGACGUUAUAUUGAACCUAUUGAGGAUGUCCCAUGUGGUAACAUUUGUGGGUUGGUAGGAGUUGACCAGUACCUUGUUAAAACUGGAACUAUCACAACGUACAAAGAUGCCCAUAACAUGAGAGUGAUGAAAUUCAGUGUCAGUCCUGUUGUCAGAGUUGCUGUAGAGUGCAAAAACCCCUCGGAAUUGCCCAAGCUUGUGGAGGGUCUCAAACGUCUAGCCAAAUCUGAUCCUAUGGUCCAGUGUACAAUUGAAGAAUCUGGUGAGCACAUUAUUGCUGGAGCUGGUGAGUUGCAUUUGGAAAUCUGCCUGAAGGAUCUGGAGGAAGACCAUGCCUGUAUCCCUAUCAAGAAAUCAGACCCAGUUGUAUCCUACAGAGAAACUGUAUCUGAAGAAUCAAGUAUUAUGUGUCUGUCAAAAUCUCCAAACAAGCACAACAGAUUGUUCAUGAAAGCCCUACCUCUUCCUGAUGAUCUUGCUGAAGCUAUUGAUGCUGGGGACAUUACACCUAGACAGGAACUGAAAGAAAGAGCCAGAAUCUUGGCUGAUAAAUAUGGUAUGGAUGUAGGAGAGGCCAGGAAGAUCUGGUGCUUUGGACCUGAAGGAUCUGGCCCCAACCUUUUGAUGGAUGUUGCCAAGGGAGUGCAGUAUUUGAAUGAAAUAAAAGAGAGUGUUGUUGCUGGCUUCCAAUGGGCCACAAAAGAAGGUGUCCUAUGUGAGGAGAAUGUCCGAGGUGCCAGGUUUAACAUCCAUGAUGUGACAUUACAUGCUGAUGCUAUCCACAGAGGGGGUGGACAGAUUAUCCCUACUACCAGAAGAGUUCUGUAUGCUUGUAUGUUGACAGCUCAGCCCAGAAUCAUGGAGCCAAUCUACCUUGUUGAAAUUCAGUGCCCUGAGCAAGCUGUAGGAGGUAUCUUCCAGUGCUUAAACAAAAGAAGAGGUGUUGUGUUUGAUAAUGGUCAGAUUGGAUCCACACCUCAGUGGAUGGUCAAGGCUCACUUGCCCGUAAAUGAAUCAUUUGGCUUCACUGGAGAUCUGAGAUCUUGUACGGGAGGUCAAGCUUUCCCACAGUGCGUGUUUGACCACUGGGAUAUCCUACCAGGUGACCCAUUGGAUGCUAGCAGUAAACCAUACCAGGUUGUUCACGAUACUAGGAAACGCAAGGGAUUAAAGGAAGGUGUACCAGCUCUGGACAAUUUCCUCGACAAACUAUAAACAUCAGCCCUAUAGUAUGCAAUUAUGAACUGAAAAAGGGACAAUUUUAUCUGUGUUGGCAUUUGUAAAUUAUUUAUUGUUUCAACAACUUGUCAUUAAUAGUGCUUCAUGUCCUAAAUUUAAGUGCUUCAAGUCUGGUUUCUCCUGUUGUGAACCUCAAUUCACCAAAACUCAAGAAAAAUGAUGUUCAGAUUAAUUGACGUGGAAAAAUUAUUCAAGUUUAAGGAAAGAAAGAAAG